AGGACAUAUUUAAUUGUGUAUUAACAAGAACAAUAAGAUGUUUCCCAUAACAGUACAAGGAAGACAUACCAAAAGGUAUAGUGACUGUGUGUGUGUGUGUGUAUGUCUGUGUGUGUAUGUCUGUGUGUGUGCCUGUGCAUGUGUGUGUUGAUAGUGAUGAUCUGGGAUGUCGAGAGAAAAAGGCCAUCCUUUUAAUCUAAGUCAAAUUGAAUCAACUAUAUUCUGCUAAUCUUCUUGAAGGCUCCCGUCUCGAUGAAAUCUCUCUCCUUCACUACUCCCCACCGUGUACUAGGCCUAUUCAAAGAGAUGUCAGCCUAAUCAUCAUCUCAAUUCUGCUUGACGGAGAUAAUGGGACGAGUAAGGAGGGGCCAACUGUGUUUCUGAAGAAGAGUAUAGCCUAAUGAAAAGAGAGGUACAGCAGAGCGAAGAGAUGCAGCUCUGAACGGGAAUACGUUCUGACCGGGAAGACCUUCCACGGAUUCAGCAGGUGGAAAACAGAUCACAGCGAUUCUGGAUCCAAGAACUCAGGCCUGGAAAUGAUUGUGUGACGAGUACCCAGUGCAGAGACGUCCACCUGUAGCCGUGACAGCAUGGCCGCUGUCCCGACACACGGACACACCCAGCGGCUCGCGGUACUCCCGUUGGAGGCUGGCUCCGACCUCGCCCCUCUGUUCCUCCAAGGCCGUUUUCCUCUUCGUCCUCAUUGUGCUCAUUGUGCUCCAGUCACCUGAACUGACGUGAAUCCGGUUUAACACCUUUCAUUAACUCGCACAUUAAAUGGUACAAAAAACAAAACCGCCGCCUUGCCAUCACCGCCAAACAAGAUAAGCGAGAGAAACUGACACAGACUUGGCCAGCAUGGCGGUCGCCCGGGGCAGAGGUGUGACAACUCUGUAAACCAGACCACAGAUUGGAUAUUCUGCCCGCACAGAACCCUCAUAAUUAUUGUUAUUGUUAUAGCCGUUAACCACAGUCCCAACCCCCCAUGCCACCAUGCCCGGCCUCUGAUUGGCCGUGCCGUGAUUGGGUGGGCGGAGCUCCACAGCUCUUUCCCAGUUGGACGGUGAGCAAUGGCUCCGCCUCUCCGUGGCGGGAGCAUUCUCUUGGCCCCGCCCUUGUUUUUCCUGCUGUCGUUGGGAGCACUGGGAGCACAGUACUGUGUUCCACGGAAAACCUUCCCCUACCAGGACGAGGACCUCAGGCUGUUCAGGGAGGAGGGGGUGUGGAACUACUCCACCAUGCUGCUUCGGGAGGAGCAGGGCGUUCUGAUGCUGGGGGCCAGGGAGGCCAUCUACGCCCUCGACCUCCACAACGUCUCCAGCAAGAAGGCCGCCGUCUACUGGAGAGUGACCAGAGAGAAGCAGAAGGAGUGCGCCUACAAGGGGAAACAGUCCGAGGUGGAAUGCCGGAACUACAUCCAGACCCUGCACCCAGUGAACCAGACCACCAUGUACGUGUGCGGGACCAACGCCUUCAGCCCCGUCUGUGACUACAUGUCCUACUCAGACGGACGACUGGUCCUGCACGGACAGCAGGAGGAGGGGAAGGGGAAGUGUCCUUUUGAUCCCUUCCAGAGAUACUCCUCCCUCAUGGUCGGAAGUGACCUGUAUUCUGCAACAUUCAUCAACUUCUUGGGCUCUGAGCCCGUGGUCCUUCGCAGCUCCCACACGGCCGUGCGGACAGAGUUCAAAAGCUCGUGGCUCAACGAGCCCACCUUUGUGUACAUGGAUCACAUCCCCGAGAGCGUGGACAGCGCGGACGGCGACGACGACAAGGUGUACCUGUUCUUCAGCGAGAAGGCCAUGGAGUACGACUUCUACAGCAAGCUCACCGUGUCGCGGGUGGCGCGCGUCUGCAAGGAGGAUAUGGGCGGCCAGCGGACGUUGCAGAGGAAAUGGACAUCCUUCGUGAAAGCCCGUCUGGACUGCUCUUUGCCCGAGCCCAGCCUGCCUCCUAUUGUCCAAGAUGUCUUCCUGCUCAAAGACCACAACUGGAGGAGGAGCGUCUUCUACGCCGUGUUCACCCCCCAGUCGGGGUCGUCGCGCCUGUCGGCCGUCUGCGCGUUCAGCAUCACCGCCGUCAGGGAGGUCUUCAACGAGGGCAAGUUCAAGACCCCCGUUGCCGUGGAGACGUCCCACGUCAAAUGGGUGAUGCACAGCGGGGAGCUGCCCGUGCCACGACCGGGAGCGUGCAUCAACAACGCGGCCCGCCGGCUGGGCAUGGGGAACUCUCUGGACCUCCCGGACAAGACCCUGCAGUUCAUCCGGGACCGGCCCCUGAUGGACGAGGCGGUGCGCCCGCUGACCGGGCGUCCCCUGCUGGUCACCAGGGGCCCCGCCCUGACCCGCAUCGUGGUGGACAGCGUGCGGGCGCUGGACGGAAAGGAGCACGCCGUCAUGUUCAUCGGCACGGAGAACGGUUUCAUCCAGAAGGCGGUGAACUAUGAGGGGGAGAUGUUUGUGAUAGAGGAGACCCAGGUGUACGAAGACCCUCAGCCAAUCACCACCCUGCGCCUCUCAUCCACCAAGGGCCACGUGUACGCCGGCUCCGCGUCCGGCGUGGUCCAGAUGCCGGUCAGUAACUGCGGGCGCCAGCGGUCGUGCUCGGACUGCGUCCUGGCCCGGGACCCCUACUGCGCCUGGGACCUCCCCACCGCCCGCUGCGCCUCGGUGGGCAGCGGGCGCUCUGCUGCCGUCCAGAGCCUGGUGGAGGGGGACACCUCCGAGUGUCCUGAGCCAGAGCCCGUACCGGUCAUCGAGGUGACCCUGGUCCCGGGGAACAACCUCCAGCUUCCCUGCUCUGCCGCCUCCAACCUGGCCCAGGUCCACUGGCUGCUCUCGGACCGGCCCCUGGGCGCGGGCCCCCGGUACUACCAGUACCCCGGGGGCCUGCUGCUGCUCAACGCCUCGGGGCCCGACGCCGGCCGCUACGUCUGCCGCUCCGUGGAGCGCGCGCGUGGCGGGACCCACAACCGUACGCUGGCGGUCUACCUCCUCGCGCCGGGCCUGGGCGGCCCCGGGGGGGCCGGGAAGGGGCAGGAGGGUGAGGCCCCCGUCGACGAGGCAGUGGCAAAUUCCACGGCGGGACCCGACAUUCCGGGCGUCACGGCGACCCAGGGGCCCGGCCCGGCGGAGCCCGGGGGUCCGGAGACGCAGACGGACGGGGGCCGCGUGGCGGGGCUGCGUGUGGCCGUGGGGGUGCUCGCGCUGCUCUGCCUCGCGCUGACCGCCGCGCUGCUCUGGAAGGUGAAGAGGGGGCCGCUGCUGAGGCUAUUGCCUUGGGGGGGGCCCCGGGAGGGCGAGGCCAAGACCCCCGUGAUGGAGUACGCCCAGGUUCAGAACCACGCGGCGUCGGAGGGGAAGACGGCGGGGGAGGCACCGGGCAGCCCGUGCCUGGGGAACAAUCACCACUCCGGGGUGGACUUCAAGGGGAACGGGGCCCCCCUCUUCACCUCCAUGAGGGACAUUUCAUGUUUGGACGGACUGGGGUACAUCAACGACGAGUCGGAGAUCUGAGGACUGGAAAGACUCUGCAGAGACAGCCGACAUUUUUUAUUCCUUCCACAAUGUGUAGAGAGACUUAAUGUGACAUUUUUCACAAUAUAUAUUUUCUGUACAGCUGCCAUUUUUACUAUUUAUUUGUGCCUGUGAAUUUGUAAAAAUUACUGAAUGAUAGGCCACUGACGCCAGAUAAAAAUAAUAAUACAUUUCAUUUCAUGGACUUGUGUGUUAAAAACAUGACCCUGACCCUGACUAUGGGUGCACUCACACUAGGCCAUCUGGCCGUGGCCGUUGGCCGUUUUCACACCUAACCGUGCUCAACUGGCCCCAUUGUUCUCUGGCCUGCAUUCACACUAGGCGAUCUGGCCGUGGCCGUUGGCCUUCGCAACUGUGGCCUGGCCACGGUAAGCUCUUGUACAUACGUCAUCACGUCGUAACGUCAUUACCAAGCGUCCGCUGCAUGGACCAUAAUAAAGUCUGCCGCCAGUCAGAGUUUUAACAACAAUGGACAACAACACAGAGAACACAGUUUGCACUUUGCUGAGUCUGUUGCUUAAUUAGAGCCGUUCUCAGAUAGAGCCCACUUUCAAUGCAGGUCCUCGACUUUGCAUAUGGUCGCGGAUUCUCCCAAAUACAUCGGAAUUCUUGUGGGUCUUCUCCAACUGUGCCUGAAUAGCAUCGUCUGCCCAAAUGGCUAACAGACUUCUCUAUGGGACCAACGUGAACCAACAGUUGAACCGCUUGACGCCAUGUUUACCGUUUAAUGGGAAAGAAGGCUUGUCGCCUUUAUUAUGUCCAUGGUCGUCGCAUGGACUAUACGUCAUCCAGCUAAGGUUGCGUAGCCGUGCGUGUUCGCGUGCCGGCUCAUUAGCAUCUGUACCGUGGCGGCCCGUACCGUAGCAGCACACCUCUCCCAAGUGGCCUUGUUGGCCUGGCCUGGCCAGACUGGCCACACUCACACUGGCAGAUUUGAGCACGGUUAGGUGUGAAAACGGCAACGGCCACGGCCAGAUGGCCUAGUGUGAGUGCACCCUUAGAGAAAUGUCUAAAUUUCAAUAUUAACUUCUUGGUAAUUUAUUGCAACAUAAAGAUGUGCAUGCCUGGCUUUCCCACGAAAAGAGGUUUUCAGUAGUUCCACUGAUGCAAUACCAAUUCUCAGGAAUCACUCCUUCAUCUGUCACACACAGACUCAAUCACCAUCUCAAGUCAACCGUGUGUGUGUGUGUGUGUGUGUGUUUGUGUGUGUCAUGAGAUGUAUCACUGAUAGGUCUGUGCUUGUUUGCUCUAGGCCAGGGGUUGUGAUUGUGUGACGAAUCAACCACAAGCUGACUUGGCCUGAUUCAAGUCUUUCUGGUUAGGGUGUACCCAAGUCUCCUGAAAGUGGAGACUUGGGUACUGCUGUAGUUCCCAGUAGUAUGGGCGCCCGAGGUGAAACAAACUGGUAUAUAGAUUUAAAAGAUCUAUGCAGAUACAUUUGCCCCGGGAGUCAAUGAGCUACUUGCUUCUAUGUUGAUUUUAAAAGGCAGACUUGGUUUUCGCUCCCUUAUCAGCAAGGGGUAAGGCACCUUGCACAACUCCCAAAGGGAGUCGUUGUGUACAUACGUUUGUAAAUCUCAACUGAUCAUUCCACUGAUAAUGUCAACGAUGCAACUGUCUUAUAUUCUCAUUCUGUCACUGAACACUUUUACCCCGACAGACAGAGUAAAACAUGGGGCGUGGGGCGGUUCUUUAGCCUGGGAACCAGAAACGAAUCUCGCGAGUUAAUAAGUCAUAGCCUACGAACUUCUGAGGGGCUUUUCCUGAACGAUCUUAUUUCGGAAGGGAAGGUUUACGUAAAGAUACGCAUGCGCUUCCGAACCUCUGAGCGUUUUGAAGGCGGCGUUAUAUCUUACUUUGGUUUAAUAAAGUCCACCUGUUUAGUUGAAUAGCAUCCAGCUGGCCCCCCGAAGCCGAACACUGUGGUUUGGCAGGUUGGUUUUUUGGGGGGUUUUCCGACGUUUUUUGUCACCGUCGACAUUGUUCGACUAAUGGUGGGUUCCAGAUGCCUCAGACACCAGCCUUCCGAGUUGAACUUGUGAAGUAAUUCCCUGUCGCAUAGCACUUAUAGCGUUCCCAAUCGUCUUUGUGAUUGUGUCAUUUCAAUGGCUAGUCGUUGUUAUUGUUAGCUACAUUAGGCUCUUUAGCAAACCAGCUCGAAAACAAACACAAAUUGACAUUGUUUUGCAUGCACAGCAAGACCUUGCAAUGCAUAAAUUGGUGACCGGAAUAAAGUAGCAAUGUAAUCAAGUGUGAGAGCAUUUAAAAUCGACAUUACAAUUACCAACUUGGUACAAAUACAAAGAAAAUAAAUCUCUUUACGGCGCAGCCAUUUUUGUUUUUGUUUGCCUCACUGAACUCGGUAUACUCAGAAUUCCGAGAGGGAUCGACCAAAAGGCGGCGGGCUCCGUGAAAAGCAGCAAGAAAGCUGUGAGAUUUCCCCACUUGCGACUCGGAAGCCAUCUGGAACACAACAUAAUUUGACCGAAGUCAAAGAAGAAGGAGAAGACAUGCGCCUGUAAGUAUUUAGUGUCUUUAUAUAG